AUUGGUUAAUAUCUCACCUAAAAGAACAACAAGGGUGUCAAUCAGUGCAAUAAAACGUGCUCUUGUAUUUGGACGUGCCAUCUUUGUAUCCACCGGCAACCCCAUUUGAAUGGCAUUCUAUCCUGAGCACCAACUGCAGGUCGACGCUGUCAGCGGGGAGCAAUACCGGUAUGCUUUGACCAAUUUCAGGAUAGCGCACGAAAAAGUCGAGCAGCAAAGGCAUCAGCUAGAGGAGCAAGAAAAACAAGUUGCCCUCCUCAGGGAACGUAUUGCUCUACUGGAAGGAAGUGGUAUUGAUGAUAACAAAUACACCAAACAAGGUGGAAACUCGGUGGAUGAUUUUUCUAUCAAGAAUGCUGCCUCCCAGCUGGAAAGAUUGAUCAACCGAUGGGCAGCGGACAUUGUUAGAUCCCCUCCAGCACAUCUGAACGAAAUUUAUCAAGCGAUCUUCGCAGAUUUAACAGGCACAUAUGAUCAGGUCCCUCCAGGUGGCUCAGCAAUGCAAGUUCAAAACCUGCUUCGACAUGCGAUGUCCGAGACCAUUCACGAUGCUGUCAUCAACUGCUUUGUCGUGACCAAUUCCACCGAGACAAAUGAUCAGUUAACGAGGAUUCACGAGCACCUCUUUUCUCGAGACCCGAUUGUCGCCUGUGUAUGGCGCCGUCAGACGUUCUCUGCAGCAGUUGAAUCAUGUUCCCCUCAAAUGACAAAACGCUUACUCCUGGAGCAACUUCCAGCCACGAUGAAACUCCUUUCACAAUCAGGAGCUGUGACACCCUUUCCCGGACUCAACGUUAUGGAAUCGGCAUACGAAUUUUCACGCAUGUUGCACGGUGCUAGCUCAAGCUCGGGAGGAUCAGUAGAUGCAUUCUACCGUUCGUUUGUGCCGGAAAUUGGUAGUACGCUAUAUGCUCGACAGAUCGAGCUAGUAAAAAGAUGUCUGAGGAGCGAGCGUAAUGAGACAGACCGUGUUGGGGCCACCAUUUUCCCUGGUCUGGUCAAGGUUACGAAAGCACCAGCUGGGGCAGCGUCUGCGGAUCAUAUCCACACUGUCGUUCGAAGAGCUCAAGUGAUAUGUGAGUGUGCGUUGGCAUCGGCAGGCUAGUUUCAGGAAAUGGGUUGACGUUUUGUAUAUUACCUGAAGAUAGAAGUAAAAUACUGAUUCAUGUAGGCACAGGUCUCGCCGGUUUUGCUUCGGGGGUUUGAUACCUUACUCUUGUAUUAUAAUAGAGGUUAUGUGUUUGAAAUCUAUUGUAUUGCGCAUGUAUCCAAUUUAA